UUGUAAAUGGAGUAAUGUAUGUUGACAGGAAGAGGAGGGGGACUUGUCCUUUACUUCCCGUCUUCUUCUCACCUGUUGGACAUCGGUCACAGGUGAAUAUAUACUAAUGACAAACUGUUGUAUUUCAUAAACGUCGUCCUCGUCCUGAACAGAAAGUUUGUAUAGAUAUUAUUUAAAAAAACAGAAGAUAAAGCAAGACAAGACUGUUAACAUUUAAAGAAGUUUCAACAUCUACUUUUUCGGAGGACUGUCUUCUAAAACUGAUUGAUUUAGAAUGAAACCUAUUUUAUCACCUGCCACUCGAUUAGUAGGUCAUCAUUACUCACCUAUUGAAGGCGGUUUGUGACAUUGUUGUUGCUGCUUUUUUUUUUCUCUUUUUUUUUCACUAUAUUCUUUUCUUUGUUAUAUUUUUUUAAUAACCAGAAGCCAUUUUGAACUGGUUUCAGGUAUUUCAAGGUGUGUACUGCGAAGGUGUUCUACAUUUUUGAUGUAGUUACUAACUGUAAAACGUUUAACGGGAUUAUUAUUGUAUUGUAAAAGAAAAUUAGUUACAAAAGAAGAGGAGAAAAAGGCGGAAAAAAUGAAGAGAAGGCCGAGUUGUAUCGGCUUCCCCAGCUCGGCAUUUGUGGUAUUUGUUUGUAUUUUAAUAUUUUCAUUUUCUUGGAGUGAUUCUUCAAGUAAUGGAAAACCUUUCGAACUUUCUUCAAAAGACAAUUUUGAUGAAAUAAUGGAUAAGUUUACAUCGGUAACUGGAGAAAAUUGUCGUUCGAAACACUACACAGAUCUUCGUUUGGAUACAGAACUAAAAAAAGGUGUUAUAUCCCAAGUACCUCGUUAUAAUAAAUUCUUGUCGACUGUUUAUUACACAAAUAGAUCUUCUCUGUUGCACGCUCACAACUUGGCCCUUAAUAGGGCAUUUUACUACAGUUAUAUCUAUCAGGAACUUAACAAGAGCGAGGCCUUAGGUAGACAACCAGGUUUUGAAUAUAUCUACUUCUCUUUGGCCGCUGAUGUUUCCGCUGGAAUUAGUAUGAUAAAUGGUAGUGGACUGUUCUUUGACAACAACUGUUCAUAUCCUAAUUGGUACACGACGAUGAAAAUCAACGGUACUUUACCCCUUUUUGGCCCCAAAGCCUGGAGAGUGGAUGACUACAACGAACCCACAAAUUGGUUGCGGGAACCUACAAACAAUACGAUUGACAUUCACGAUUUUGGAGCCGGUCGAAGUCGUAAUUAUACCAACUCUGCCUACAAACACAGCCCUUGGUACUCUAAAUGGUUACCUGAUCUCAACAGUAAUUUAGAUACACUGAGGAAAUAUACCUACAAUAUUGGUAUUCGACGGUCAGAAAAGACAGGUGAAUUUCUUACCGACACUUUCCAAGUAUCCUCUUUCUUUGGCCCACCUCAACCGGGUACUAAAGAAAUGACGAUCCUUCCUGUUGUCUUCACUGAUCCUUAUUUUGAUUGUGGACGAUCAAAUAAAUGGAUUGUUAGUGCAACAUCUCCUGUUGUUGAGUUUAUGCCUCGAUAUUCGAAUUUUACUCAUUUAAGAAGACCUCAAUUUGUGGCUGUUACGACUGUUGAUUUGGAAUUUGAACGUAUUGAUUUUAACCCAUGUCCAAUAGCUGACGGAAAUCCCUCACCAAACUAUUUUGCUAACACAGCUCGAUGCAAACCCACCACUUUAUGUGAACCUUUGAGUGGUUUUGGUUUCCGACGUGGUGGUUACAUGUGUGCAUGCCUACCUGGAUACAAAUAUCCCUGGUGGCAUGAUGGACCAUUCCUUGGAGUAGAAAUAGAAGCUGCUACAAAAGAAGAAUAUGAAACUGGCUUUGAUUGUCUCAAAGUUGAUUUUUCUCAGGUAAUCCCAAAGAAGAACCCAACUAUUAUUGAGAAUAUGAAGAAACGGUCUAUAUCAUCUUAUAGUUCUGAGAAAGACGAAUUUCUGAAACUUAUAUUUCCUCAGUCCCACAGGAGUCUCAGAUGGCUGCAAUCAAAUAAAAAAUACACUUCAAAAGAUUUCAUUCCAUUACGGACCAGUAGAUAUAGGCGGCAUGUUCCAAAAGAAGACCUUCUUUCUCGUAAGAAACGUGAUCUCUUUGAUAAUGUCAUGUGGAUGAGAAUGCGAGAAAUCCUUGAACGUAAAGAAAACACCAACAAAGACAACUGCGGAAGCCGCACAGCAAACCAAUUGCUUCUUCCAGGAGAUGCUGGGUUCGGUGCUGAGAAGCAGUUUGAAUCACAAGGACGUACUGCACUGAGGCUGGCUCACUUUCUCAGUAAUUUUCUUCAAAAUGUUGAUGAGUAUGAAGAAUUUGGUAUUCUUCGAGGUGAUCGACGCUUACAUGAUACCCAGAUGUAUGGAGAGGUUAUUGCUACUGUCAUGGGUGACUUCAAGAUCGUUGGUGCUGGUGUAUUCUUUGACCAAUACAAAUACCGGAUAUCACCCGGAAAUAACACUGACCCACGCUAUGUUAAUGAAGUAACACGAGAAUAUUUUGGUCCGUUUGCUUGGAAAACUGGUGACAAAACAACUGCCAGAGUAAUUGAUUUUGCAGGUUUCAAGCAGCGUUACACAAAUAAGCGCUGGUUUACUGACAUGAAAUCUCGUUGGGCAACUAAUUAUCAAUCACUGGAAAAAUUUAUAACUCGUCCAAUGAUUCGGUCAGAUAUCAAUGGAUCCAGCUUGAUUAGAUUUGAGUAUUAUCCACUCACAUACCAUGCACCAAAAUAUGAAGAUGGAGAAUGGUUACGUCCUGUCUUUAAGUGUGAUGGCAGAGUUGAUGCUUGGGUCCUCACUUAUGUUGUUCCAUUCUUUGGAAUGAAUACAUUGAAGACUCAAAUUGAGUUUAAGGGAGUUGUCACAGUUGAUGUUGACAUCAAACAUUUGGAUGUAGACCAGUGCCCUGCUGAUUUUUAUGUUGCCAACGCCUUCAAGAACACUGCUCGUUGUGACUAUGAGAGCACAUAUUGUGUUCCAUUGCAAUCCCAUUUGAAAUUCCAAGAAGGUUCCUACAAAUGUGAAUGUAAGCAGGGCUAUGAAUACCCAUUUAAGGACCUGCAGUGGUAUUACAACGGUCAGACAAUGGUUGAUGAAUACAAGAAAAAGAUGAACAAUGAGCCAAACAGGUAUGAUACAUUGAAAUGCCGAAUUGGUGGUGCUGCUUCUUCCAGAAUAAGUUGGAUUCUUGUAAUUUUAACCAUUUUGUACAUAAAAAUGUUUCAACUGUAGAUCUAAGCUAUAUUUUUUUCCAAAGAAUAUUUUUGUAUAAUCUGUUGCUUAGUAAAUUUGUAGUAUGAUUCUUUCUAUUUUAUUUCUCAUUUGAAGAAAUACCUAUCAAACACAAACAUAGAUUUAACAAGAUUCUUUAAAUAUUCUAUUUUGUAAUAAUUUUUGAAAUUUUUUAAAAAUCCCAAACAUCUAAAAUAGCCAGGAAUCUAAGUCUUUUUUCUUCCCUCAGCUAUAUUGUUUGUCCAUAUAUAUAUACACACACACACACGUCACUUUUUAAUUCAUUUUUUUUUGUUCUUUUUGCCUCCAUCCUUUUGAAUAUAUUCUCUAGAUCAUGUCUAUUUUAAGACAAGAUAAAAUGUUUCCUUCAAAUAUUUUCACAAAAAAAUAGUAAAACCUCACACACCCCACCACUCAACCACCAUAGUUUUAAGUCUUAUUUUGUAUUUGAAAUACUUUAGUUCUCAUUAGGUUAUAUCGUUUGUUUUUUGUUUUUUUUUAAUCUUCCAGAUUAAAAAAUAAUUUUUUUCUUUUAAUAAAUGCAGAUUUUAACUUCCAAUCAAUGAAACAAAAACAAGCAAAAAAGUUGCAAAUAUUCUUUAGACAAAGUCAAAAGUGAAAUGUAUAAUAUAUUAUACUAUAUUCAUAGUUUUUUGGUUUUUUUCAACACCCAUUAUUUUCCUUUUAACCAUUCCAACGAAAUUCUAUUUUCCUUGGCCAGUUAUUGUAAGGGAGAUAAUCAUUACUAGCUAAAUGGUGAGAUGAGUUGAAUUUUAAUCAAAGAACAAGGCAGAAGAAGGUACGGAGAAUAUAUUUAAUGGCGGGAUUUGUGUCUUGGGACCAAGGGAAAGGAUACUUUCAUGUAAGUUGGUAUUGAAAAUGCUAAGUAAAUAUCUCAGGAUGUCUUGCUUAUUGUUUACUAUCAUCAUUUAACGUCUGUUGUCUAUGCUGCCAUGGGCUGGACGGUUUGACUGGGCUGGCACGCUGGAAGCAUGGACAACAGACAUUAAAUGAUGAUGAAGACGAUAAACAAUAAACAAAACAACCUGAGAUAUUUACUUAGCACUUUUGAUACCAACUUAAAUGAAAGUAUACUUUCCCUUGAUUUUUAAAAAAAUCUUUUCUUGACAUAUUUCUUAGGAAAAGUAUUUUCAGUUAAUUUUGAAGGAAAGCAAAAAUGAAAAAAUAGGUUUGGAGAAUGGAAAUUUAACAAAAUGGCUUUUUCGUUAUUAAGCUGAUAUGAUUGAAAUAAUGCUUGAAAUUUUAACAGGAGGUUUUAAUUUUGAUAUAAACAUUU